AUGGGUAUCCAGUCUGAUGGCAGCUUAUUUACCUGGGGAUCUAACGCAGCCGGGCAAUUAGGAAAUGGCAGCAAUACCGAUGUGAAGACGCCUACGCAACUUGGUAAAGAUGCCUGGUCGGAUAUCGGAGCGGGAGCAGAUAUGCAGAUGGCAAUAAAAUCAGAUGGCACAUUAUGGGGCUGGGGAUUGAAUAAUGGCCAGUUAGGAAAUGGAACUGACACUCCGCUAACCGUGCCUACGCGUGCAGGAAAUCC